AUGAAUUAUGAAGAUCAAGGAAUGGUUAUGAAACUUCCGGAUCCAUAUUCCGAACAGAACAAUUUUGUCCAUCGAGACGCAUAUAAUAAAAUUAAUUUUACUGAGUGGGGUGAAGAAGAUGGUGAUUUUGAGCUUGAAGAAGAAUUCAAUCAAUCAAAUCAAAUUCCUGUUAUUCAAGAUGAUAAUACACAACAACAAGAGUUAAACGGAGGUGAUCAACAAGAAGUUGAAAAAACUAUUACUCCUGAUCAAAUCCAUCUUACGCAAACUAACGAUGAACAAGUGGAUGAAGUUACGAUUGAUGAUGAUACCCACUUUCCACCAAGAGAUAAUGAAAUGCAAUCGAUUCUUGAAGAAAUUGAAAAGUUAGAACAAAGUGAAUCUGUCCAGGUCAAUGAGAUACCAGUUCAAUCUGUUUUAAUAGAUAGAAAUGAUGUUUCAACAUUAGAAAGUGAGAUAACUAAAUCUCAACAGUCCGAGAAAGGAAGAAAGAAAGUAUCGAAAAAAUCGACGUCACGAAAGAAACCUAAAGCCGAUACCGAUUCCGUACAAUCUGUUGUCGAAAAUCAAUUAUAUUCUGAAGAUGGUAAUGAUUCUGGUGAUGAUAGUUUGAAAAAAGAUGAUACGGAAAACUCCGCUUCAAUAACUAAAUCUGGUCGUAAAAUUCAUAAACCCAUCUUUUUCAAUCCUUCUUCGUAUAUCGAACCCAAAAAAAAACUUAACGACGCAAAAGAUCCAUCGGCUGAAUCUAAUAAACUUCCAUCUGAUUCAAAAAAGUCCUCUAAAAGAUCUUUGGAAAAACGUAAUCAGAAAUCUUCAAAAACUCUUUCUAAACCCUAUGAUGUGUUAAUGAGCUCUGAUAAUAAUGGUGAUUCGCUUGAUAUAUCCCAAAAUUUUCAAGAUUCCCAACAAAAUUUAGGUUCUUAUGAUUCGUCUAAUUCACCACUCGACGCGUUAGAUCCUGAAAUUGAUAGUAUUGUAUGCGAAAUUUGUCACGAAGGAUUAUCCAAGAAAGGAAAUUGGAUCGUUUUGUGUGAUCGAUGUGAUACUCCUUAUCAUCAAUUAUGUCAUAUUCCGACGAUCGAUGAUGAUUUUGCUGAUUCUGAUAAGGAAUGGAUUUGUAUGGGUUGUACAAAUUCGGCGCGUACAAAAAAACGUCAGAAAAUGAAUAAUCCUGAGAUGAUUGAUACUUCUACUAAAAUCUUACCCGUGGAAUAUUUAUCUUCCUUACCACAAGCCGUUUUAGUGGAUCUCAUACUUUUGGCUGAACACAUGCAACCUGGUCUUCCAUUAUAUCCAGCAAAUGUUUUACAGAGAUUUUUCAACAUGAACGAUCAAAAACCCGAUGAGUUUCAACCAAAAACUGAAUUGGCAACUCCUUCAACUGAAAUGGACAUUUCGGAAUUAUCAUUACCAACCCGUUUGGAUGAUUUAGAACGACCUUCUCAAAUAAAAGAAACUCCUGAAAUAAUGUCUCCUGUUUCUAACGACGGUCCUCCUAUCAGUAUGAACGCUGAUGAAUAUAACAUUUAUUCAAAUAUGAUAAUAAGGGCUAUCUCCGCUAUUACUCAACCAAAUGGUAACACUGCCCAAACAAUUUACAAUUGGAUAAAAGGUAAUUACGCUGUGCCUCCGAAUUUUCAGCAUACUGCGAAAAGGUAUCUUUCCGAAAUGCUUUCGAAAGGAAUUUUAAUCAAACCCUCAAAAGCGCAUUAUAAACUAAAUUCUGCUUAUAAUCAUUCACCUACAAAAGUAAAUUUCGAUAGCCUAUUCAAACCUUUAAACGUCAAAAUUUUACAAAGUCCGAAUAAUAGUGGUCAAUCCCCUCGAAAGAGUAUGAAUAAAUUAAAUGAUCCUACGUUGUUAUUAUCUCAUAGCUUAAAUUGUCAGAUAAAUCAAGAAUCUUUUCAACAAUCCAUAGGUUUGGACUGUCAAUUAGAUAAAGUAUUAUCUCAACAAUCCAUAAAUUUUAUCGGACAAGCAAAUCAAUUAGCAUUCCAUCAAAAAAAUUUGAUCGAGCAAACAAAUCAAGUAAUGCCACAAUCAACUCAAUCAUCGAUUCAGCAAUCUAAAAGUCCUUUACAACAUGUAAAUCGUACGUUAUCUAAUUUACCCGACCACGUUUCGUCACAUUCACCGUCCGGAUCUCAGAAGUCAACCUUGAUAUCAAUAGACAAUCAAAUUAAGGAUGUGAAUAUGAUUAAUAACGAUCAGUCAAAUCAAAAACCCGCAAGAUCUUUGGUAUCUGUAGCUUCUCUUAUGAAUAAUGAUCAAACACGUACAGGAUUACGAAUUCCGCAAUCUUAUCAAAUGGAUCGUUAUAUUAAACAAAACAAUAUACAAGCACGUAGUGGUAUUCGUCCUCCAAGUCAAAUUCCUCUUGGAUUAAAGAGAAAUAAUAAUCAAUCACGUCCUGACGUCUCAAGAUCUCAUUCUACAUUAUCUACAACGGCGAAUAAUAAUGAUCAAUCAAAUAUUGGCAUUCCAUCCGUGAAUUCCUUCUCGUCUCAACAACAGCGAUAUGCGGCGGCAAUGAAUAACAAUAGCCAAUCACCUAUUGCUGCAAGACCUUUACUUCCGAUACCUACGAAUCAAUCAUUUCCUACUGGCAAUACCGAAAUCGGGCCUCAAUCAAUGAUUGUACCUCCGAUGCAACCUAUACAACCAAAUCCACAGCAAUCAUGGCCUACUUCAUUCAAUUCAUUUUAUAUGAUUCCUAAUUCUAAUGAAAGUAAUCAAUAUGGAUUAAUGCAAACCUAUUCUUAUAGUCCAAAUCAAAAUCAAAUUAGUUAUGAUGGUCACAAUGCAAUGCAUAACUCUUUGAUGAAUGAAAAUAACGGCCAACCUAGAAAUAGUCCUGUGACUCCUCACUUACAACCAAUGGGACAGAUUGGUCAAAUGGGACAGUCUUUAAAUCAAAGAUAA